AUGUCGAGCUUCCCACCACCAAAGGACCGACGGGCCUCUUCCACCCCUCACUACCAGACAUUUUCAACACCACCGCCGAAGUCAGCCGGCCGCCCUCUUUCCGCUGAGUCUGCGUCCUCAUACCAAUCUUCGUCUCACAACAAUGCUAGCGAGCAUGCCGAGACGCCGAGCGCAACGCCGAUACCUGUUCAGCAGAUGUCGGUCCUGGCCUUUAUCGCCCUAUGCGAGCAAACAGCGCUCAACUCCAUAAGCCCAUACUUGCCUGCUAUGGCAGCCUCCUUCCCGGAGGUAGGCGCCCAUGAAGUCGGGAUGUAUGUCGGCACGAUCGCGUCGGCCUUUGCGCUCGCGCAGUUCUCUACCAAUUUCUUCUGGGGUUGGCUCUCAGACCGUAUUGGCCGGAAGCCGGUCAUACUGCUGGGAACGAUCCUUACUGCUUUUUGCUUCCUUGCCUUUGGCUUCUGUAAAACACUAUGGCAGGCCAUCAUUGUUCAACUCUUCAUGGGUCUGGUGAACGGGAACCAAGGAGUGGUUUCCACUUGUUUGGGCGAAAUCACAGAUCGCAGUAACCAGUCACGAGCCUUUACAUAUCUGCCGGUGAUCUAUGGGAUUGGAGGUAUUACUGGCCCAAUAUUGGGCGGCCUUCUUGUCUCCAAAACCCCAACUAGCCAGGGAUACCCAUUCCUUAUGCCUAACCUCGUAUCUGCCGCAAUCCUAAUCAGUGACUUCAUUGUCACGUCUAUAUUCCUGGAAGAGAGUGUGGAAGGCGCGCGGAUGCUUCCCCGGAUCUACAGGAAAUUCCGUCACAUGUUCACUUGGUUGUGGCAAUUCAACAGCUCAUCCCGGCCAACAUACCUGCGAAAUGAUACCGAUGCGGAUUACUUCCGCCACCCGAACCGCCAUGGAGCUCGACCCUAUAGAGAAUGCCUCGAUAGUGACAAUGAUGAUGAUGAUUCUGACUCGACCGUCACUCCUAUGUUCCAUGACCGACCUCAUAACGAAGUCCUUAACCGAGAUGAGAUCUUCAACAGAGAUAUGAUAUUGUUGCUUCUUACUUACUUGAUAUUCUCCCUAUCAAACGUCUCAUUCAACUCGCUCUACCCCAUCUUCGCCCAGGCCUCCCCUCCUACAGGCCGACAGUUUAACCCGCAGGAGAUAGGCAUCUCGCUAGCUUUCGCGGGGAUCGUCACUAUAGUUUUCCAGAUAUGUGUAUUCGGAAAACUCCGUGACAAGAUGGGCAAUAGGUGGUCUUAUCGAGCUGGCCUACUUGGCUUCGUUGCGUCAUUCAUCUUAAUGCCGUUUAUUGGCUACAAGGAUGGAGCAAGUAUGAAUUUGACGUUAUCGAAGCAAAACCUCAUGGUAGCCGUGGAAGUGUGUGUGGUGUUGUUGAUCAAGACCGUGGCCACUGUUGGUGGCUUAACCAGCGCGUUGCUAUUGAUUACCAACUCUGCACCAGAUCACUCCGUGCUGGGCUCUCUUAACGGACUUGCCCAAACCCUCUCUGCUGCGGGCCGUGCCGUUGGGCCGUUCCUAUCUGGAAGUCUUUUUACAUUGGCCACUAAGGUGCAACCUAAAGGAGAAGCACUUGCAUUUGGCGUUUUCGGCGGAGUGGCUUUCGUUGGAUUCCUCCUUAGUCUUGGUAUUCGUUCUCGAAACCUCGAGGCUGAUGGGUGGGGAAGCGAGGACGACGAUUGCGGAAAGUCUGACGAUGAAGAAGAGGUUUAG